GGCGCUGGGGAAGGGCCUCCCGGGGAAGUCUGGGCUGGAGAGCCUGAGGCCGCUCCCUUGGCGGGGCCGCGGAGGAAGCCGAGUCAGGAGGCGCCUCCCCAAGGUCACAGGGCGAGCGCUGGGAGGGUCCUGGGUGUCGCGGGGACCUUGGCUCAGGUGUGCGCCGCGCCACAGCCCGGAAGAGAGGCCGGAGCUGUGCGGCUGUUCUCUCCUCCGCGCCGCUAAGUGGUCUCGGCCGCGCGACCGCCCCUCCUCGGGGAGCGCGGUGGUCCCAGGUGCCCGCCCCUCCCGGGAGCGCGGUGGUCCCCGGUGCCCGGCCCUCCCCGGGAGCGCGGUGGUCCCCGGCCCUUCUCCCCCAAGCGGGGCCACCGGGGGUGCUCUCUCCGGGAAGCCAAGCAUACGCCUGGAGCCUGCAAAGCCGGCGUGCCCCGGCCUCCGUAUGCCUUCCGUAUUCUCUGACGAUCGCGAGCAGGAAGGUGAUUUGUCCCUAGUCACGAGGAUGACUGGUCAUAGCGUGCAGGGCAUAGAGCUGGCAGGGCCGCGGGGAGCCAGCCCUCACUCAGCCAAGGACGGAAGCCCCUGUUUUCUUGUCAGCUGCCAGCUGAGGGCCAUUCACAGCUUCUCCAGGCCACCUGCAUUCCUCGUCUCAGAGCCUCCCUCCUGCACCCGCCAAGCCAGCAGCUGUGGGAUUGGAGAAGAGGUUGUCCAUGUUCACACUGGGUGAAGGAAGCUGAAACCACAGACAUGACUGAGUCCUCCAUAAAGAAGCUGGCCUCCACCCUGCUGGACGCCAUCACCGAUAAGGACCCCGUGGUGCAGGAGCAGGUCUGCAGUGCCCUGUGCUCCCUCGGGGAGGUGCGGCCGGUGGAGACGCUCCGUACCUGUGAGGAGUACCUGCGGCAGCACGACAAGCUGGCGCACCCAUACCGAGCGGCGGUCCUGAGGGCCAUGGAGAGGGUCCUGAGCAGUCGUGCCAGUGAGCUGGACAAGGACACAGCCAGCACCAUCAUCCUCCUGGCCUCCAGCGAGAUGACCAAGACGAAGGUUCAGGACCUGGUCUGGGACUGGCAGCAGGCGGCGAGUGGCGUCCUGGUGGCCGUGGGAAGGCAGUUCAUCAGCAAGGUGAUGGAGGAGCUGCUGCGCAAGCUGCACCCUGGGACCCUGCCUCACUGCGCCGUGCUGCACACCCUCGCCAGCCUCUCGGUGGCCAAUGCGUUCGGCGUAGUCCCCUUCCUGCCAUCCGUCCUGAGCUCCCUGCUGCCUGUGCUGGGCAUGGCCAAGCAGGACACGGUGCGCAUGGCGUUCUGCUCCGCUCUGCAGCGCUUCAGCGAGGGUGCCCUGGAGUACCUGGCCAACCUGGACCGGGCCCCAGACCCCACGGUCAGGAAGGACGCCUUUGCCACCGACAUCUUCAGCGCCUACGAUGUUCUCUUCCACCAGUGGCUGCAGAGUCGAGAAGCCAAGCUCCGUCUUGCCGUGGUGGAGGCUCUGGGGCCUAUGAGCCAUCUGCUGCCCAGUGAGAGGCUGGAAGAGCAGCUGCCCAAGCUCCUCCCUGGGAUCCUCGCCCUCUACAAGAAGCAUUCGGAGACCUUCUACUUGUCCAAGAGCCUGGGCCAGAUCCUCGAGGCGGCCGUGAGUGUGAGCAGUCGCACGUUGGAGACCCAGCUGGAUGCCCUCUUGGCUGCACUGCACUCCCAGAUCUGUGUGCCUGUGGAGUCCUCAAGCCCCCUCGUGAUGAGCAACCAGAAGGAGGUGCUGCGCUGCUUCACUGUGCUGGCCUGCAGCUUGCCUGACCGCCUGCUGGCCUUCCUGCUGCCCAGGCUGGACACCAGCAAUGAGAGGACCCGCGUAGGCACCCUGCAGGUGGUCAGACAUGUCAUCAACUCGGCUGCUGCUCAGAUGGAAGAUAAAAAGCCCUUUAUCCUCUCUUCCAUGAGGCUUCCUCUCCUGGACACCAACAGCAAGGUGAAGCGGGCAGUGGUGCAGGUGAUCAGUGCCAUGGCCCACCACGGCUACCUGGAGCAGCCUGGAGGUGAGGUGAUGAUUGAGUACAUCGUGCAGCAGUGCGCGCUGCCCCCCGAGCAGGAGCCUGAGAAGCCAGGCCCCAGCAGCAAGGACCCCAGGGCCGACAGUGUGCGGGCCAUCAGCGUGCGCACCCUCUACCUGGUCAGCACCACCGUGGACAGGAUGAGUCACGUUCUCUGGCCGUACCUGCUCCAAUUCCUCACCCCUGUGCGCUUCACUGGGGCCCUGACUCCGCUCUGCAGGAGCCUCGUGCAUCUGGCGCAGAAGAGGCAGGAGGCCGGGGCAGACGCCUUCCUCAUCCAGUACGACGCCCAUGCGAGCCUCCCGUCUCCCUAUGCUGUAACCGCAAGACUGUUGGUUGUGUCUUCCAGCCCCUACCUGGGGGACGGACGUGGGGUGGCGGCACUGCGUCUCCUCAGUGUUCUGCACCCUAACAUUCACCCUUUGCUGGGUCAGCAUUGGGAGACGACUGUCCCGCUGCUGCUGGGGUACCUGGAUGAGCACACGGAAGAGACCCUGCCACAGGAGGAGUGGGAGGAGAAGCUGCUGAUGUUCCUGCGAGACACCCUGGCCAUCGUUUCUGACAACGCGUGGAUCUGCCAGCUGAGCCUGGAGCUAUGCAGACAGCUGCCUUGCUAUGAUGAGACACCCCAGGAGAAGAACUUCCUGUACAAAUGCAUAGGAACCACCCUGGGUGCUGCUUCAAGUAAGGAGGUGGUGAGGAAGCACCUUCAAGAGCUGCUGGAAACAGCCAGAUACCAGGAGGAGGCAGAACGUGAGGGCCUCGCCUGCUGCUUCGGGAUCUGUGCCAUCUCCCACCUCGAGGAUACGCUGGCCCAGCUGGAGGACUUCGUGAGGUCAGAGGUCUUCAGAAAAUCCAUCGGCAUUCUCAACAUUUUUAAGGAUCGAAGCGAGAACGAGGUGGAGAAGGUGAAGAGUGCUCUGAUCCUGUGCUACGGGCACGUGGCGGCCCGGGCCCCCCAGGAGCUAGUGCUGGCCAAAGUGGAGUCAGACAUCCUCCGGAACAUCUGCCAGCACUUCAACACCAAGGUUCUGGGAGUAAAGGUAGAAACCAAGGACCCAGCCUUGAAGCUGUGCCUCGUCCAGAGUGUGUGCAUGGUCAGCCGCGCCAUCUGCAGCAGCACCCAGGCUGGCUCCUUCCACUUCACCCGGAAAGCAGAGCUGGUGGCACAGAUGAUGGAGUUCAUCAGGGCAGAGCCCCCAGACUCCCUUAGGACACCUAUUCGGAAGAAGGCCAUGCUCACCUGCACUUACUUGGUCUCUGUGGAGCCGGCGCUGGACGAGCAGGCUCGGGCGGAUGUGAUCCGUGGCUGCCUGCACAGCGUCAUGGCCCUGCUGCCUGAGCCCAAGGAGGAGGACGGAGGCUGCCAGAAGUCCCUGUAUCUGGAGACACUGCACGCCCUUGAGGGUCUGCUGACGAGCCUCCUGCAGCGGAACAUGACCCCCCAAGGCCUGCAGAUCAUGAUUGAGCACCUGAGCCCGUGGAUCAAGUCCCCAAGAGGUCACGAGAGGGCGCGGGCCCUGGGCCUGAGUGCCCUCCUGCUGCGCCACUUCCUGGAGCAGCUGCGUGUCAGCGCCCUGGUGCCCUUCCACAACCUGGGUCUUCUCGUUGGCCUCUUCUCCCCACGGUGCGCAGACCUGUGGCCUGCCACCCGCCAGGAGGCCGUCGACUGCGUCUACUCCCUGCUCUACCUCCAGCUCGGCUAUGAGGGCUUCUCCCGGGACUACCGCGAUGACGUGGCGGAGCGGCUCCUCAGCCUCAAGGACGGCCUCGUGCACCCUGACCCCACCAUUCUCUUCCACACCUGCCACAGCAUAGGCCAGAUUAUUGCCAAGCGCCUCCCACCUGACCAGCUCAUCAGCCUCUUGCUAACCAUGUUUGAGGCCCUGGGAGACCCCGAAAAGAACUGCUCCCGAGCAGCUACCGUCAUGAUCAACUGCCUGCUGCAGGAGCGGGGCGGCGUACUCCAGGAGAAGGUGCCUGAGAUUGUGAGCGUGCUGCGCUCCAAGCUUCAGGAGGCCCAGGGAGAGCACGUCCUGCCGGCUGCCCAGCACAGCGUGUACCUCCUGGCCACCCAGCACUGUGCGGCCGUGGUGUCCAGCCUCCUGGGCAGCCCCCUGCCCUUGGACAGCCACACCUCCAUGCUGUGGCGGGCGCUGGCGGUGGAGCCUCGCCUGGCUGCUCAGGUCCUGGGACUGCUGCUGGAGAAGAUGAGUAGGGACGUCCCAUUCAAGGAGAGCCGGGCCUUCCUGCUGGGCCGCACCCCAGACCGUGUGGCCACGCUGCUGCCUCUCUCGGCCACCUGUGCACUAUUCGAGGUCCUGUCCACGCCUGCAGCGGGGCCUGCGGUGCUAGAGCUCUACCCCCAGCUGUUCGUGGCACUUCUGCUGCGUGUCAGCUGCACCGUGGGUGUCCUGCUGCCCCGGAACCUACAGACCCAGGAAAGGAGGGGUGCCAGUCCAGCCCUAGCCGCCAGGAACCUGGAACCCUGCAGCUCUGCAGUGGACACCCUGCGGGCCGUGCUGCUCCGCAGUGGCAGCGAGGACGUGGCACAGCGCAUGGACCUAGAGGGAGGCUGGGAGCUGCUCAGGACCUCAGCAGGGCAUGAGGAGGGGGCCACCAGGUUGGCCAGGGCCAUGGCUGAGCACGCAGGGCCCCGGCUCCCCCUGGUGCUGAAGACGCUGGCUUGCACACACAGCAGUGCGUAUGAGAACCAGAGGGUGACCACCACCGCCUUCCUGGCCGAGCUGCUGAACAGCAACGUGGCCAACGACCUGAUGCUCUUAGACUCACUGCUGGAGAGCCUGGCAGCUCGCCAGAAGGACACAUGCGCCAGUGUGCGAAGGCUGGUGCUCCGCGGACUGGCCAACCUGGCCUCCGGCUGCCCUGACAAGGUGCGAGCCCACGGCCCCCAGCUCCUCACAGCCAUGAUUGGCGGGCUGGACGACGGGGACAACCCUCACAGCCCGGUGGCCCUGGAGGCCAUGCUGGGCCUUGCAAGGCUGGUGCACCUGGUGGAGGCCUGGGACCUGCGCUCGGGGCUGCUGCACGUGGCCAUCCGCAUCCGGCCUUUCUUCGACAGUGAGAAGAUGGAGUUCCGGACAGCAUCCAUCCGCCUCUUUGGGCACCUUAACCAAGUCUGCCACGGAGACUGUGAGGACGUCUUCCUGGACCAGGUGGUGGGCGGGCUGGCGCCCCUGCUGCUGCACCUGCAGGACCCUCAGGCCGCCGUGGCCAGCGCCUGCAGGUUUGCCCUGCGCAUGUGUGGCCCCAACCUGGCGUGUGAAGACCUCUCAGCCGCUUUCCAGAAACACCUGCAGGAGGGACGGGCCCUGCACUUCGGGGAGUUCCUCAACACCACCUGCAAGCACCUGAUGCACCAUUUCCCAGACCUCCUGGGCCGCCUGCUGACCACCUGCCUGUUCUACUUCAAGAGCAGCUGGGAGGACGUCCGAGCUGCUGCACCACUGUUCACUGGUGAGCAGCACCCCCUGCCCCACCCCCAGGCCGCCCAGCAGCCCUGCCUGAUGCCCCCACUUCACAGGGUUCCUGGUGCUGCACGCAGAGCCCAGGCAGCAGCCGCAGGUGGACCUGGAUCAGCUCAUUUCGGCGCUCCAGAUCCUGCUGAAGGACCCGGCCCCUGAGGUGCGGACCAGGGCUGCUGAGGCCCUGGGCCGCCUGGUGAAGCUCGCCUGAGGCUCCAGCCAGCACCCCCAGCAAGUACGCACCCAGACCUGUGCCUGAGCUCCAAGACAGGGCCUCCUGAGGACCCCAGCCUGGGCACACAGCUGGACGGGCCUGGCCCCAGAACAGGCCCUGCCAGGGACCAGACCGAAGCCCCUCAGUGAGGCCAGACAGGGUGUGGGAGUCUGUGUGCCCAAUAAACUCAUCUGCUCCAGCGAAU